AUGAAGUUUGAAUCAUCCGUUCUCCUAGCGACAUUGGCAGCUUCGGCUGUCGCGGCCCCGGCACAAUACCGCUACCACGCUGUCAACAAGCGAAUUGCUGAGAACAACGGAGGAAAGGUCCCAGCCCACAUCGUCCCCUCUGUGCGUCGCCUCGCCGAAGAGAAAGUCAAGUCUAAGCGUCAACUUGAUCAAUUCCUCAAUGGACUUACCGGUGGCGGUGGCGACGGCCCACUCUCUGGCCUUCUCAGUGGACUAGGAGGCGGUAAUGGAGGUGCUGGAGGAGGUCUCAAUAACCUACUCGGUGGCAACGCUGGAGGUGCCGGCAAUAAUGAGGCAAACGCAGCAGGGGCCACUGGUAACAAUGCUGGUGCUGAUCAAAAUGGCGGUGCUGCGGAUAAUGCGAACGAAGGCAAUGCUGGCAAUGAAGACAAUACUGGCAAUGACAACGCUAACAACGACAAUGCUGGCAACGACAAUGCUGGUAAUGACAAUGCUGGCAAUGACAAUGCUGGCAACGACAAUGCUGGCAAUGACAACACUGGUAACGGCAUGAACGACAAUGCUGGUAACGACAACGGUGAUGCCGGUAACGACAACGGUGAUGCCGGUAACGACAACGGUGAUGCCGGUAACGACAACACUGGUAACGGCAUGAACGACAAUGCUGGUAACGACAACGGUGAUGCCGGUAACGACAACGGUGAUGCCGGUAACGACAACACUGGUAACGGCAUGAACGACAAUGCUGGUAACGACAACGGUGACGACAUGAACAACAAUGCUGGUAACGACAAUGCUGGUAACGACAUGAACAACAAUGCUGGUAACGACAAUGCUGGCAACGACAUGAACAACAAUGCUGGUAACGACAAUGCUGGUAACGACAACGGUGAUGCCGGUAACGACAAUGCUGGUAACGACAACGGUGAUGCCGGUAACGACAAUGCCGGUAACGAUAACGCUGGCAACGGCAUGAACAACAAUGCUGGCAACGGUAUGAACGGCAAUGCUGGCAACGGUAUGAACGGCAACAACUCCACAGCUGAAGCUGGCAACGGAAACGCAGGCAUGGACAAUGCUGACAACGCUGACAACGCAAACAACGAUGGCCAAGAUGGUGGGAACGCCAAUGAGGACCAGAACGGCGGAAACGCCAAUGAGGACCAGAACGGCGGAAACGCCAAUGAGGACCAGAACGGCGGAAACGCCAAUGAGGACCAGAACGGCGGAAACGCCAAUGAGGACCAGAACGGCGGAAACGCUGACAAUGAGAAUGGCAACGCCAUGGGCGGCGGAAACGCUAACAAUGAGAAUGACAAUGCUGGUAACAAUGCUGGUAACGAGGACGCGGGUAACGCCGGCAACGACAAUGCUGGCAACCAGGAGUCGGGUAAUGCAAACGAAGGAAACGCAAAUGAAGGCAAUGCAAAUGAAGGCAAUGCCGACAACGAGAACGCCAACGCUGGUAACCAGGAGUCGGGCAAUGGAAACGAGGGCAAUGUAAAUGAAGGCAACGCCAACGCCAUGACCAACGCACAAACCAAGGACAACUAA